AUGGACUUUGUUGCUGUGCAGGACGUCUCAGGCCUCGAGCUUCACAACGAAAGCCCACACACCAGCCCAGUCAUUAUCCCCCCCAAACGCGGUCCUCGAAUGACCCCAGUGCAGAGAGACCCUGUGAGAAAGGGUCCAAAGACUUUGAGAGGUGCAAGGACUGCUCAUAGAACAUCAUCGGCAGCCUCGGGUGACCGUCCUGUACCUAGUUCUAUUGCUUCGAUAUUGGAAGCCACCGCCAUCCCGGUGCCUCGACGCAAGCGCAAUGCUCGAGAGCCUCGAAAAAUGCCUCAAGGGAAUCAUGUACAAGAUUUUAGCAAGUUGUUGUUAGAAGGUGUCAAGUCUAGAGAUGAUAGCUUAAUGGAGAGUACGGGCAAUACCAUGCUCGACAUUCUCCUUAGCCCGCCUGAAGACCAUGACCGGUUUGCGAAUGGAAGCAAUUGUGAUAGCGAUAGCGAAGCGCCAUCAUUAUCCGCCCAUUCGUUGUCUAUUGAGUCGGUCCCAUCGUUGGACGCGGAAUUCGAGUCGCCAUCUGGGUCUCCCGUACCCUCUACACCUUCUAGCCAACGAAGUCCGUGUGAGAGACGAUACCUACGCCUAUCGCAGUAUGAGAGUUGUGCUUUCGACCAUCCUUUAUUAGAGGACGAAUUAUCAGACUCCGAAUGGGAGGCUGUGCAACAGCCUACCUUCCUGGACAGCACUCCAACGAAAUCUUCGCCAUCUCGAUCCUUCCCACGGUUAGGGUCCACUUUCAAGUCCAACCUCACGGCGUCACUGCGAGCAAUAAAAUCUGCGGCACAGACAGUUUCAACGUUCGCUACGCCCUCGGUUCAGCCCGAUGAUUUCCUCACCCGGUCUCUUCUUACGAUCACACCGAAGAUGACGGAUGACCGUCGGCCUCCGCCCAUGAACGAACCACCUUCUCCGGCGCUCCGGCGCUAUUUCAAUCCCAUUACGGUUUCACCCGCAGAAAUUUAUGCUUAUCAGGAGCACCCGCAUGAAAACCUUGACACUAGCAAUUGCCCCGUUUCCGUGCAGAUGCAGACCUAUCACCGGUCGGGAAAACGGGGCUCUCGAAAGAGUCGGUUCCACUUGUCGGGGUCUAAGGGUCGUGGUCGAUAUUCUUCUUUCGAUCCCGAGGCCCCGCCGAUGUCCCGCCAGCGUGAACCCCGCGAAAACAGUGACUUUUUGCGCAUGGUUGUGAUGGAAAUGAACAUGAGACGCAGCGGCAAGCUCCGGGACGACAUUCCUACACGGGCACGAGUUUGGCUACCACCUCGCAAAGACAAUCAAACUCGACACAGCCCUUACGAUUAUUACGAAGACGAAGAAGAACAUGCCAUUCCAUCUAGAUGGGUUGGGAUUUCCGCUGACAGCAUGUGA